GGUCACAUCGAAUCUGACAAACAGAAGUGAUUCAUACUAAUAAAACAACGUAGAUUGAUUAAAAUCUUCAAUUUCCAGUUGCAAUAAACUGUCAGAAAACUUUUUUACUUCAUUCGCAAACAGAAAUCCAUCAAGCUGGGUAACGACAUGUCUACGAGUUCAAUGGAAAAACAUCUCUUCAAUCUAAAAUUUGCUGUAAAGGAACUGGAACGCAACUCCAAAAAAUGUGAAAAGGAGGAGACCGUGGAAAAGAACAAAGCUAAGAAGGCCAUCCAAAAGGGAAAUAUGGAUGUUGCCCGCAUCCACGCAGAAAAUGCCAUUCGUCAAAAAAGUCAGGCCGUUAAUUAUCUGCGGAUGAGUGCUCGAGUCGAUGCGGUGGCCAGCAGGGUGCAGUCCGCUCUGACAACCCGCAAGGUUACUGGAUCCAUGGCCGGAGUAGUGAAGGCCAUGGACGCAGCGAUGAAAGGAAUGAAUCUGGAAAAGAUAUCCUCGCUAAUGGAAAAAUUCGAAUCCCAGUUCGAGGAUCUAGACGUUCAAAGCUCAGUAAUGGAGGGCACUAUGUCGGACACGGUUACCACAUCGGUGCCCCAGGGCGACGUCGACCAUCUUCUUCAGCAAGUUGCCGAUGAGGCGGGCCUGGAGCUCAACAUGGAAUUACCCAGCGGCGUGCAGAGCCAGACGAUUGGUGCCUCCACGGCAGUCUCCCAAGAGCAGGAUGAGCUCACUCAGCGCCUAGCGCGUCUCCGACAGGCCGAAUAAAAGUUGAAUUUCCUUGUUUUAUCCAUUAAGUACCUCCAAAAUAUAAAUAAGAAUAGUAUCUGUGCUUUAAAAUA